AUGCAAAGGCCAGACCCCAAGAAUAGGUUCGAUCAUACCGACGAGAUCUUGGAGAUACUCAGAGGCCAAGGUGUUGCUGAUGACUCACUUGAGCAAAAACUACGGGAAAUUUUUGUUACGAUCGACGAUGAUGUAGAGGCUGGGCUAUUCAGUCAUUUGGAGGAAUAUGAAAAACAAAAAAGGGAAGAAGAGGAGGCGGAGGCGAAGGCCGAGGCGAGAGCAAAUGCAGAAAGUGCUAAAGAUAAGGAAAGACGAGAAGAAAGAGCCGAGAGAAGAUUAAUUCAUAAAGAUACCGAGGCUGCCGUGGAUAUUCUGCGUGCUAUACAUCAAACAGCUGCGCCUCUUCGUCAUAACAAAUGGCGAAAACCAAACGCAGGGUUCACAAACAAAAAUAUCAAAAUCAUAGGCAAGAUCGGCGAGGGCGGUUUUGGAGCAGUAUACCUUAUUGAGAAUAUUGAGACUAAGGUUCAAUAUGCAAUGAAGACUCAGCUUAUAAGAAAAAAUGACGAUGAGCCAAUGAUGACACCCCCAGCGUGGAGGGGAGCCAAGACCCCUCCUGUCACACCUUCUUCUGAGGCUUCGAAGAUAUCCGCGAAAGUAAUGAAAGAACGGCAUUUAAUGACUAAACGGUUCAAUGAAACCAAAUGUUAUUUGCAGUACAUACGUUCUAGUCAUCCUUCUAUCUGCAACUUGGAAGCUUUUUUCGACUUAGAACAAGCAGAAGAUAACGGCCACUGCCAUAUCUUUGAGUAUUGUGAUUGGGGAAAUUUGGAAAACAUUGUGACGCAGUACUAUGAUAGACCACGCUGGGGCUCAGGAGAGCCCGAAGGUUCUGUAUGGACUCACAAACCAGAAAAUAUGCCAAAAUUAUACAAGCAUGCAGCAAUACCAGAAGCGUUCAUUUGGCAUGUCUAUAUGCAGACAAUGGAAGCUCUGAGUUUCCUUCAUGGUGACCACGAACUCAAUAAGAAACAAGAGUUCCACUCACGCAAUCAAGUUAUUUGCCUUGAUAUCAAGUUGGACAACAUAUUUUUGAAGGACUCUGGGAAACCAAACACAUAUCCAACUGUAAAAAUUGGGGACUUCGGAGAAGCCACCUAUGUGCCAUAUGGAGAGCAACGCUGGCAUGACACGGGAAACGCCGUGUGCGGGGCGCCCGAGGAACCUUAUUUAAGUGCCAAAUAUGAUGUUUGGUGUGUCGGGAUGUCAUUGUACAUUUUGUCGCACUCGGGUAGACGACCAAAGAGAACUGAAGUAGACGGAAAGCAAAAUAAAAAGGAGAAGCCGAAUUGGGGUUUAUGCGAUCCACAUCUUUCUAAAGUUUUGGCUAACGAGCUUGAAAAGCCAAGAGAAAUGGACGUGGAAAAGAGAUGGACUGCAGCUCAAAUAUUAGACCAUAUAAGACCAAUAGCUGAAGAAACGAUACGUUUGACGUAUAGACGUUUGCAGAAUUGGGCAAGACCGGAGUUACAGGUAACAUAUGAGGAAGAUAUUGUUGAACGGGUUGAAGGGGGAGAAGCUCUCAGUGAGAUCUCAGAAAGCGAUGAUGGUGAUGAUGGUGAUAGUGAUAGUGAUAGUGAUAGUGAUGAUGAUGAUGGUAGUGAUAGUGAUAGUGAUGAUGAUGAUGAUGAUGGCGAUGAGACCGGAGAAAAGAAAACCAAAGAGCAAUUAGCAAAAGAGGAGGAGGCCAGAAAGCAGGAGGCCGCCAGAAAGCAGGAGGAGGCCAGAAAGCAGGAGGAAGCUAGAAAGCAGGAGGAGGCUAGAAAGAAGGAGGAGGCUAGAAAGCAGGAGGAGGCUAGAAAGCAGGAGGAGGCUAGAAAGCAGGAGGCCGCCAGAAAGCAGGAGGAGGCUAGAAAGCAGGAGGAGGCCAGAGAGAAGGAGGCCAGAAAGCAGGAAGCCACAAAGCAGCAAGCCAUGGUGCAGCAAGCAAUAGAGCAGUUAACUGAAGUGCAGCGAGCCCUAGAGCAGCAAGCCAAAGAGCACUCAACCAAAGAACAAUUAGCCAAAAAGCACUUAGUCACAGGGCGGAUAGGCAAAAAUCAGUUUGUCAUAGAGCAGAAAGCCAGAAAGCAGGAAGCCGCAGAGCAGCAGGCCAAGGUACAGCAAGCGAAAGAGCAAUUAGCUAGAGUGCAGCAAGCCGCAGAGCAAUUAGCCAGAAAGCAGCAGGCCGAGGAGCAACAACAGGAGCGGUUGAGAAAACAACGAGAAGAGGAGUCGAGAAGACAGCGAGAAGAGGAGUCGAGAAGACAGCGAGAAGAGGAGUCGAGAAGACAGCGAGAAGAGGAGUUGAAAAGACAAAGAGAGGAGGGCCAAGUAGGAGAAAGUCCAUCAAAUGCGCCGCCCCAGAAAAGGCGAUUGAUUAGAUACAGAAAACUCCGAGCUUACCGGGAAUGA